UUCGCCGAGGGCUAGGGAUGCAAAGCAGGAUUCGGCAAUGGUUCUCUGUCAUUGUUAGAAGCGACUACUACGUCCUCACCAGAUUUCUCUUCCCUCUUUCGUUCACUGUCAUAGCUGUGGACAUAGGAGAACAGGUUUCUUGGAGCCCCGGGGAUAUUCUAUUUGGACCAUGUGCUAGUUAUUUCUGGGUUGACUGUUUGCUUUGCCUUUGCUUUGCUACCUCACCUCGUUUUGACAUAAUAUGGCUCCGCUCUUUUCCACAUAAAGAUUUCUGAACAGGAGUUUGGCACAGUCAGCUAACGUUGUGAAUGUGCUCGCAGCCUUUGGACUGAGCUUCAUCAUCGUAAAAGUCUUCAGUGGAGUUCUGGGAGAGAUUCGACAUGCUGGGCUUGUCCUUGUUCACGACAGACCAGCCUACAGGAAAGUGUUGGUUUUGACCCUCAUUGCAGGAGCACUCGUAGCUCUCCUUCUCAUCAUCACAGCUACUACUCAGCUGGGUGAGUGGCUAUUCAGAGACCUCCAUGGAGUGAGUGAGAACGUGUCUGACCUCACACGCACUGCACUCCUCAUAAUGUGUGCCUACCCUCUCUUUGAAGCUGUCUCGUGGUACCAUGGAGGGUUGCUGUUGCAAGUACAUGCCAGUGUUCUGGUGGGAGCUGCAGCAUUGGCUGACAUUAUCGCUCAGAUAAUUCUGAUUGCUGUGCUCCUGUAUACACCACUGCUGUGCCACACACCAAUAGCACUGCCGGUAGUGGCUGCCUAUGGUGGAGUGCUCACUCGCUGCUCCAUCCUCCUUGCUGGUUUUCACCGUAAAGUCUACCCCAAGAUGAGCAAAGAGUUAACAGCAAAACUAAGUGUAUGGAAGAUUGUUUUGUUUGUCGCUCCUCUGAUGUUCACCCUCUUCAUCCAGAGAAUUAGCCGUCCCAUCAUUAACCUUAUCAUUGCCAGGAAAUCACCCACCAAGGACGAAGCUGCACAGGCAGUGGCUGUACUCACUGCCUCAUAUCCACUGGGUCAUCUUCCCUAUGGCUGGCUGAACUCACUAAAGCCAGUUUCACCUGCUUUUCAAAAGAAGAGUUCUCACAGUAAUAAACCACACAUUGCUGGCAAGAAGAUAGCUGUAUUUUGUGCCUGCUGUCUUGGAGUAUCAGCUGUGGUGUCCUUUGUGGUAGGCUGGAUCCCUGGAGUGUCAGUGGGAAUUCUGGUGAAUGUUGUGGCCAUACCUCACCAUCUGGCCUUGCUCUGUGUCACUCCACUACGAAUCUUUGCCUUCUUUUGCUUCACCGUGAGUAUCAGAGCAUCUCUCACUGGAUGGCUCAUUUUCAACCACCAAACUAAGCUGGUAGCUCCCAGUGGAUUCAUCAGACUUGCGGCCACCAUAUCUUCUCUCUUCAUUCUACCAAAACUUGGGUUUGGGACAGCUCUCAACAGUAGAGUAUAUUGACAAUGUCCUCUCUUCCUGUAGGCUAACUGGUGCAGACAACGGAAUAGCUUCCCUCUUCUCUGGCUUUUUCACCGAGAUGCUGGCUGUGGUUGUUGGUGCAACCUCAUUCGCUACAUACAAGAAGUGCAGAUGGAGAAGAGGAGAGCAGGAUAUCAGUCUUCUUCCUAGCAGCUCACGGGAUCAAGAAAUGCAAGCUGUGGAACCAGAGAGAAUUGAAGAGGAAGAAAAUAUGGUCACCAUAACUGUCAGAACAAGGACCAAUAUCCUGACAGAAACAAAAAAGUCUGUUUUUGAUAUGCAACUGGGUCGAUAUACAUGAACUCAGCUAACCUGUAGUUGAGUGGUUCGAAUGGCGCGCUUUUUCUGACGUGCAAAACAAGUACAGUACAGAACAAAAAGGACUGAGGAGGAAUUAUAACUAAGAUCUCAGGAAGUUGAUAAGGGAUAGAGGAAAAUAGCUGAACAGAAGUAAUAAAAUAAGAGCCAGCUAAUGAAUAUUGAGGGACUUUGAAGAGGGUGUAGCCGUGUAGGUUGGCACAAGUAUUAAAGCCACAAUUGAUGAACAAAUGGAGGCUUUAUAAUAAUUUGUGCUGUGAGAAUUAUCUAUUUUGUCAAAUUUCAAGAGCAUCAAGUAAUCGUUGGCAG